CCCUCUGGGCUCCAGGACAGAAGCUGUUUCAGACAUCUGGCUCCGGCCUCUCCUGGUCAACACCAUGAUCAAGACCCCUAGUGACCAUCUGCUGCACUCCCUGGAGGGGCUGGUGCCCAAUGACUUUGAGAGGUUCAAGUUUAAGCUCCAGAACACCAGCCUGGAGAAGGAUCAAUCCCGGAUCCCCCGGGGCCAGCUCCAGAAAGCCAGGCCAGUGAAGCUGGCCACCCUGCUGAUCACCCACUAUGGGGAAGAGUGUGCCGUGCGGCUGACCCUGCAGGUCCUGAGGGCCAUCAACCAGAACUUCCUGGCAGAGGAGCUCCACAAGGCGACUGACCCAGAGUCUCUGAUACAAGAAAGUGGCGCAGAUGGUUCAGCAAUGUCUUGUUCCUCCGGGGAGAAUAAGCCCAAAGGCCUGAGGAUACCAGAUGUCCUGGAAGGUGACAGGCAGCGGCAAAGUGGUGACGGGGCCCCCAGUCUGCCAUCCAGCCAGCCUGAGGCUGGAAGGGGGACCCAGAAGAAGCCUCAGGGAAAACGGAGAGAUCAGAAGACCUCUGAAGGCCUGGAUAUGCUGGGCAAGCCAGGGGCUAGGAACGCGACUCUGUCCUGCAGGAAAUGCCCAUUCUCUGGCAAGCUGCAGGGGGAAAGGGGGAUCGAUCCCAGCGUCAGGCUACGCAGGAAUGCCAGCUUAGGAAGGCUCCAAGGACUGAACUAUGGGUCGCUUCCUGGGUCCCUAGGAAGGACAAAAUCCAAAAUAAAUGAAGCACAUUUACCUUCUGCACAGAAGCGCCCCAGAAGUCUUGAAAUUACCAUUUUUUCAGGAGAGAGAGAAGUCCCCAAUCCAGAAACUCUUCUGUCUCAAGAGAAAAUGAGAAGUGACAAUCCAGACUCAGCAGCCACCCUCAGUGAAGUGGCCACUCUGAAUGUAGGGGCUACUGUGACUCCAGAGAAAGGCGUUAGGAAUCCAGAACAUUCCAUGAGCCUGAAAGGGGGAGCAUUCAGGAAUACACUUCCCAAUGUAUCGUUGACUAGAGCAAAGACGACGUGGGAGCAUCCAGAAUCUACAGGACCUUCUAAGAAAAACAGAAUUGGGGGUCAAGAACCCCCUGAGGCCUUGACAGAGGUGGUAGGCGGUGAGCUCCAUGAGCCUUCAGAUCCAGAAGUUCCUCCUUCUUCAGGGAAGCCACGGGAUGACGCUGUGUAUGUCCUUGGCCGUGCCCAGGAAGGAGACCCGGUUGGUGGCACGCAUGUGCGCGAUUCCUGCAGACGCUCCGUGGCUUCUAGGGAUCCCAAGACCUCAGACAGCUGCUCAACUAGCUGGCUCCAGAGCCAGGCCCCACUCUUGGUAAAGAACUCAGGAGACUGCAAGCAGCAGGAGGGCCUGCAGAUGACCAGCUUGAGCCCCAAGGCCCUGCCACAGUGUGAGCGACAUAUGAGGCAGGCCCAGUUGCUCUUCUGCGAGGACCACAGGGAGCCUAUCUGCCUCAUCUGCAGGCUGAGUCAAGAGCACCGAGGCCACCGAGUGCGCCCUAUCGAGGAGGCUGCCCUGGAAUAUAAGGAGCAAAUUCAAAAGCAGCUGGAGUAUCUGAAGGAGUUGAGAAAAUCUGGGGAGGAGCAGAGAUCUCAGGGGGAUAAGAAGACCGCGGACUUCCUGAAACAAAUCGAAACCCGGAAGCAGAGAAUCCGGCACCAGUUGAAGCAGCUGUACCAUUUUCUGGAAGAGCAAGAGAAGUUCUUCAUGGCCUCCCUAGAGGAGCUGGGCCAGACCAUUGGCCACGUCAGGGAGUCAUACAGCACCCGAGCGUCCAGAGACAUCGCCCUUCUCAAUGAGCUGAUUGGGGAGAUGGAGGUCAAACAGAGCCAGCCGGAAUGGGAGCUCAUGCAGGACAUCGGAGUCACCCUGCACAGGGCCAAGAUGGUGACUGUCCCUAAGCCAUGGGCCACUCCUCCAGAGGUGGAAAAAAAGAUGCACUUGUUCUACCAGAAAUCGGAGUUUGUGGAGAAGAGCAUGAAGUACUUCUCGGAAAUUCUGCAUUCAGAAAUGGACACCAUCAACGUUCCAGAACUGAUUUGCGCUCAGACACAUGCCGUUAAUGUGAUUCUGGACACAGAAACUGCCCACCCCAAUCUCAUCUUCUCUAAUGACCUGAAAAGCGUGAGACUUGGAAACAAGUGGGAUCGUCUGCCUGACAGUCCAGAAAGAUUCGAUAGUUGCAUCAUUGCCCUAGGCCUUCCAAGCUUCCUCUCUGGCCGCCAUUAUUGGGAAGUGGAGGUAGGAAACAAGACAGGGUGGAUCCUGGGUAUCUGCAAGGCAUCCAUGAGCAGGAAGGGGAACAUGACUCUGUCACCUGACAAUGGCUAUUGGGUGGUGAUGAUGACAAAGCGAAGCGAAUUCCAGGUGUCCACCAUUCCCCCAACGCGCCUGCAGAUGACGGAACCCCCCAGACGUGUCGGCAUCUUCCUUGAUUACACCACCGGAGACAUUUCCUUUUACAAUGUAACAAACAAGUCCGUUAUCUACACAUUCACCGGCUUCUCUUGCUCUGGGCCCCUUCAGCCUAUCUUCAGCCCUGGAACACAUGAUGGAGGGAAGAACACGGAUCCUCUGAUCAUCUGUCCAGUGGGUGGCCAGGGGCCUCCCUGAAUGCCCAACACUUUGCAUCUCUCUUCUGGCUCCCAGCCUUGUAUCUUGAAUCCGUAUACUCGACUGUCAUUAUUGAACACUUACUGGGUUUCAGCUGCUGUGGGUAAUAUAUUGAGUAAGAGAACAGCGUCUGUGUCCAAAAUGCCUAUGGGAUGGUAGCAGAAAUAAGCUAGGUACACGAAUAUUGGUAAAACAAGAGUGAAGAGAGCACAUGUACUGAUGAUACCUCAAGGGAGGAAGUACAUGGCUGUUGCUUAAUAAAUCCUUGUAUGAAUUAGCACCCUAAGAUGCCCCC